AUAAGAAGAGACAUCGUCUAACAUGGCGACCUCCUGCACCAAACCAACGAUGGACUCAAAUAGACCAUGUUGCCAUCAUUCAUCAUUGGAGAGGCUUGAUAGGAGACUGUCACUCGUUCUGGAAUACCUGUUUGGACUCUGAUCAUACUCUAAUACGAGCACGCAUCGUUUGCCCCUCACUGGACGAAGAAAAGCUGCAUCAAGAAGACCCAUUAGAGUUGAACUCAAUGACAAAAAAGCCAAAAGUAGAUUCUUGGAAGAACUGAGAUCAUUUUUGGGCGAUUCUGAAAACGAGGCUAAUCCAGAUGUUGCUUAGAAAGAUAUGCAAACAGCUGUGAAAACAGCGGCGACAUCGAUUAGUGAUCUGAACCGAAGAGUUACAAAAAACCGGUGGAUUUCUACUAAGUCUGUUGCAUUGAUGGAUUCUCAUAAACUCAUCCCAUCAGGCUCCAAACACGAUGAAGAGCGGAAGCAAAUCAGAUCUAAACUAACCAAAAGUGUACGGAACAGUCGUGAGAAGUGGCAGGCAACGAAAGUAAAGGAGAUGGAAAAGGCAGCGGCUGUAAGUAACAUAAUACAGCUUUUCAGACUAGUGAAAGAAGCCGGAAUUAUUAAUUCAAGUGUGAGACAAUCUCGGAAAGUGACAACACUUUUAUCUGCUUAUGGCAAAUUAGAAUCCGAUUUUGCAACCUCAAGUGGUGUGCGGCAAGGCUGUCCACUAUGCCCAUUUUUGUUUAACUUCACUAUAGACCUAUUGAUGUAAAUAACACUCGUCAACUGAAUUUCCAGGAAUUGACCUCCCACUAAGAGGUGGUGCUCUUCUCGAUUCGGAAUACGCAGAUGACUUAGUUCUAACUGGUGAAGACGCUGAUAAUAUGUAGAGUUUUGGUAGGAUUGAGCAACAAUGCCAGGAUGUUUGAAGUACGUUUCAACUUAGAAUGUGCAGAUGAUAAGAUGUAGAGUCUUCUAUUAGCACUGAGUACCAAUGCAAGGAUAUUUGGAAUGGGUUUCUUUCCCUCUAAAUGUAAAUUAUUACUCCACGACUGGCCUGUGUCAACACCUAAACUAAGGCCAGGGAGUGAAGUAGUCGAACGCGU